ACUUUUGCACAUUUCGUCAAGAAGGUCAUGUAUGAAUCAAUGGUAGAUAUUCGUGCUUCAUUAAGGCGCCUAUUCACCAGAGGACUUGUAGUUGCAUUCAGUCGUGCAUCCAUAUCAUUUGCUGGAUGUAAUGCCGAUUUUGAUAAUAAAGGUGCCAGCAAAUACAAAGGGAAGGUGUGUCUAUUGGGGAAUCCUGGUGCUCUACCGGGAGGAUCUCCCGAUCAUCCAUUAUUCAGGGAUGCGCAACGAUGGAAAUGUGUGACAUUUGGUCCUACAUUCGGGGCCUCAGUGGAUACUAAAGGUCGAGUAUACAUUUGGGGAAAGGGGAAAGAUGACACAUUUGUACUACCCUUCCAAAUUCCCUGUAACGCAAUAGUUGAUUGCCACUGUUCAUCAAAGGAUUUAUACAUGCUAGGAGCUGAUUCGCAAGUAUAUAUAUUACAUAAUGUGGAGCGUUAUUUGCAUGAUCGCAGUCCAAGAUCAACUUCCAAUGAUACAAUCGUUGGAAGUGCUUCCAGUGACAUUAAUAAAAACCCAUCUACCAAGUUGCACAAUGAGGAAAGCAACGUGUACCUAGGCCUAAUGCCUGGGCUAGGUAACAAAAAGGUUGUUAAAAUGAGCGUUGGUAAUCGACAUGCCGCGUUCCUUACUGAUGACGGAGAGUUGUAUUGUACCGGAGACAAUACAUUCGGCCAAUGCGGCACAAAGCCUAAUACUCUAAAAAGCAAUACAAUUAUGACAUUUGAUAGAGGGGGAAAUGACAUGACAGAGCACAUUAAGCUCCACAAGGUGGAAUUUAAUAAUGCCGCAACUAAUGUGGUAGAUGUAGUUUGUGGAGGGAGGCAUACAUGCUGUAUUGACUCAGAAGGUAAUAUAUAUACAUUUGGUGACGACUCAAGCGUCCAGCUCUUUCUGGGUGAUACCAGAGGUCGAACAAUCCUGGAACAAGAUAGAUAUAAACCCUACAUCAAACACGAUGACUAUGGAGCUAGCAACUAUGCCAAAUACUCCCAUACAGAUCGGCAUCUGCAAUAUAAUCCAAUACCGGUAAACGCCGUAGGCAGGUUAAGCGAGCAUCAUAAACUGCUGGAAGGAGCUACAUUAAGCCUAGCAGCGGGAGAUGAUUUUACGAUAGUUGCUGUUACAACCACCACGCAGAGGGAACGUAAAACACACAUUAUCGCAAGUGGAGGUAAUCACCUGGGACAAUGCGGAAGAUUAGAUGUAAGAAUGAACCUCCCAAAAAGUAUCCAUCUCCCCGGGUCGAUCAUACGGGGAACCAUUGGAUGUGGCAGCAGCCACUGCAUAGCAGCAAUGGAAGGUGGAUACUUAAUCGGGUGGGGAAGCAACCAACAAAAACAGCUAGAUCCAGCAAGAAAGGGGAACUUAACCGUACCGACGAAUAUCAACCAUGGCAUUACUUCUAACACGGUGGAAAACCUAAAUAGACAUUGCAAUAUAGAGUUCAUCAGGUGUGCGUUCAACAAUACGGCCAUAAUUUUUAAAUGAUGAGGUUC